CGCUUGUGAACUACGUUAACCUAUACUUGGCUUUACCGAUAAUCCGUACGGAGAUCACGUGAGAUCAUGUGACUAUUACAACAGGGUGCGUAAAGCAGCAACCGCGCGAGGAGUGGCUUUAUUGUAUAAUACGAUGUCAAAACGCCCCAUGGUAAUUUGUUCAGCUGGAUGUAUAUUCCAAGACCCUUGGAAUUUACCAUAUCAAUGCAAGGCGGGGAUCUCACCACAAUCCUGCUGCUGAUGUGAUGGGGAAACAACACCAGAGUGCAUGCAUAUUCACCUAACCAGUUCGGGAAAUAUGCACACUUGACGCCGUCUAAUUUGUCAACGAGGCGACGGUAAAUGCGACCCGUACCGCGCUGUCGUGUUCGCGACACCGCAAGGCGUUUAUGAUUCGACAACGCUGAGGCGGCUAUGGACGGGACGCCUCGAGUUGCCCCGGCGUCACUGGCUCCAGGCACAGUAAGGGAGCUGUUUGGCUGGAGAUAUGAUGAACGAUUGCGAACUCGGUCCCCAUGGAGCGGUUUUAUGCUGCUCUAUUGGGUUGGUAACCUGACCUCCUGGACUACUGCAGCUGACAAGGUUGAUUCGAAGAGUCAUACCAGUCCAUGGCAGUGCACACGUCCAACUGUGCUCAACCGAAGCCACCGGGUACUUGUGUGGCUUCUGUAUCGUUUCGCCGUUCUCCUUCCUUAAAUAUAUUUUCUCCACACCUUUCGGUUGAUCCCACGAUCAGGCUGUGUCCGUACGUGCGCCUGCUCGUGCCUUGGUCCUUUUUCCUCUUGCGUUUGUCGUCCUUCACUCAAAGUAUAUUUCAUUCAGUCAAGUGUGUCCAUGUUCAUAUUUCUAUAUACCUGUUAGUAUCCCAAGUUAAAAAGUUGUCAAUUAGGCGGGCUCGUCCUUACCGUGAGGGUAACCAUUCAGUCCGCUGAAAUCCUCCCCGCGAUCGGAAUUCAUCGAGGGUUAUUUAUGAUUUAGUUUUACCAAGGAGUCGAAAAUUAAUUAUAUAUCUCGAAGCUCAAGCCCCGUCGUCGCUCAACCCACUGGCGGCCGUAUCGUUUUCGAUGCAUAGCACUCUCGAAACUUGACUUUGCUGAUGGCUCACUUUGCCAAUACUCCAAUCUUGAACAGCCGUUAUGGCGAAAGACCUGCCGCCAGGCAACCGUCACAAAAGCUGCCAACGGGCGCCUGCAAUUAUACAAAUCUGAGCAUUGGAAACAACGCAAAAUGCGGGUGCCAGCGCUUUUGCGACCGGUCGGAAUACUCGGCCGGGACAACAAAUGCGGAUGGAGAACUCGAGGUUGAAAAGGUGGGUUGGUGCAUGUGCGAGCACCAUGCAUGUUUCCAUGAAGUUGGAAAGCCGACGGAAGAUGUCGCUCCGAUGCCUAUCCGAUCUCGACAAGCCUCGCAUGGAGGCGACUCGUCGCUCCUGAGCACAUACAGGGACCCUCCCAAGGCCCCAAGUAUUUCUUUGCAACGAGCGGCCCCAGUAAGCUUCAAUAAUGGGACACAAGCCGGGAGGCAGCUGCCAACACCUGGCGUGGAUACCGAGACCGGCCCUCCAAGAAGUGAUGCAGGAGCCCCCGGACCAAACUUCACUCCCCAGGACACUGGGCUCCCUCCUAUUCCAUCUCAGUGUUUGCUGUCCUCAAAUAUGAACUUGAGUGCUCUUGUGGGAGCACCACUUUCGUUUAGAUCGGCAGGAUCUCGCGAGGAGCACAGAGCGAACACUGGAUUGAUACAUGACUGGAUCUCUCACCCCAUCCAGGCUGGCUCAUAUAACGAAAGCUUAACCGAUGCUGCAUCGCCCUUAUCUGGAUACCUGGAAAAUGCCGAAUUUCAUGACAAGCUUAUGACAGUGGAGACUGAGAAAAGUGGCGCAUCACAGACAAACCUGGCCCAGAAACCAUCGUCUCAUGGAAUGGACCUAUUGGUCUCCACAAACGAAAAUGAUGAAUGUCUUACCUCCGUUGUAGCCCAAUCCGAGAUGGAUGUUGCAAAUUCUACUCCCAAUUUCCAUCAUAUUUUGCCAUACGUUUCGGACAUUCACAAACACUAUGCGGUUAAGCCGACAUUGAAAGACACUUUGCAGAACCAUGAAGACCGUCUGGAUCACUUGGAGAAUGCGACUCAUAGCUGUGCCGCUCCGACCGACGCCGGGAACUGUGACUGUGACUGCGACUUGCUUAGCCACAAGCAUGAGAAAAUAGAGUGCCGGUUGGAUCGGGUGGAGAAGGCUCUCUCUACCAAGCGAUUCCAGGAACUUGGUCUUACUGGCCGUGACAAUGGGUCAGUUACGUCGGAUAAUUCGACCGUGAUGACUUCUACGGGCCACGCGGAAAUGUACUCCCGGAUUGACUCACGUAUCGAGGCCUUGGAGUUUCGCCUAGGUGAUCUUGAUAACGCCAUGCCUCCGUCGGCGACCAAUCCAUGGGAGUUUGAGGUCAUAUUUCUACCAUACGGACUUGAUAUGGAUCGAGUAUGGUCUCGAACGGGCAACCCCACGCAGAGAAAUGCCUGGAGUACGCAAGACACAUCAUCUCCUCAUAUGUUAACGGAAGCACUGUCUCAACGAUUUUUCAGCAAGGCGGCCACAGAGAACUCCUGGGAGCACAUACUAGAAAAAUUACAGCCAACAUCAACUGUUUUCUCGGCAAGAGCCUGCGGCAUAGAGACUGUAGUCGAUAAGCGACUUCGGAGCAGAGGCCUUGUGAGGACAAUCCAGGUUAAAGGUCCUGAUGCCCAGCACGUUCAGUUUGCCAUGUUUGAAGCAUUUGAAGAUAUACUUCAAACCAUGUCUUCUGGCAUCAGCUCGCCCUCGAAAAUUCCAAAACCCCUUCGGCGGUACCGCGAAGCUCUUGGUACCUCAUGGAUCCCAUUACGGAAAUUGCACAAGGACUCGCAACUACGAUUCCUCGAAACCUCUGAGAUGCUGACGCCCACACUGUGGACAGCAUCCUUCCUUGCGGAAGUAUCUAUGCAACAGUCUAAUAUAAGGCGCCUUUACGUCACCAAUAAAGACGGCUAUAUGCAAAACGGAUCCGCGGGUUGGACAUGGCAGAAGAUUAGGCAUCUGCCUCUAUUCAACGAGGGAAGAAAUUCCGCAGCAAGCAGCGAUGGUGGCUUUCGGGCAAGCCGUAGCUUCAAACCCAGCCAAAUGCAAAUCCACGAGCCGCACUGGCACUGGGACGAAAGACUAGAUGGACCAGUUAUCCACCAAACCGUUACCACACAGCAACUAUCUCUCGCCAUCAUUCCAGCACCAGAAUCUGACCAGGGCCAAGCUUCGCCAACUUCUAGUACAUCGUCUUCUGAGUACUCGCCUCCACUUCGUUCGCGUACACCCGCUUCCGAGGCCCUUGGCCAGCCUAUAUCUCCACUCACCGAACGCAAUUUAACUCGCCCGUUCCAUGGCCGUACAACAUCCAUGCCCAUCACUGUUCCGAUAAACUUCCGACCCUCGCCGGGGAGCCAAGGCAAGCGCCGUAUUACGUCCUUCGAGCUUCAGCAUGAGCGAGUAACCCACUCGCCCUCCCCUUGCGCCCCGAGAUACUCCUAUAGCUUUUCUGCGAAGCGCCAGCGUACUCAAUCACCCAACCAUCCGCGUGACACGCCUCGCUGGAGCGCUGAGCCCCCUAGCCCUUACGUCUUUGAGGAGGAACGGGAGCAUAAGAGAGGGAUGACGCCAUUCGCAUAUGCUACACCUCACAGCAACGCAACUUAUAUUUAUAACGACAGAAGGUCUAUGAGUAACGUCCCGAACGACUGGGGCAUCGACAACGAAGACAGCCCCACGGACGAAUUCGAGACUGAUGACAACAAUAACGAAGAUUAUAUGCCGGAUACGGACCAGGCAUUUCAGCACGAGGAGGAGGACUGGGAAGGCGUCAACGAGGUAACGGCUCAUCAGGUUAAGAUGGAAGAGGAGGACGACAAUAAUAUCGAGGCUAGGGCGUUCUCAGAUGAUGAUGAAGACGCAGUUAGUGAUACGAGCAGCACGCCCAGCGAGUACCCGAGCACCCAGCCGUUGGCGAAAUACUCAGGGAAGAAGGGAACGUUUGAGAUUCAUGUUAAUGAAGAGAAAUGAUGUAUGGAUCAUGCACGAGGAGGAGGACUGGGAAGGCGUCAACAAGUUAACGGCUGAUGAGGUUGAGAUGGAAGAUUGAGGUUUUGACUUGCGCCAAUAGGCGACCAGGGGCCAUCAAAAUUUGGGACAUCAUUCUCAGAGCGUUUAGGGAUGAAGCUUAGUGGCCAUAACGAGAGGCCAUUAGAUUGGUGGAGCGAUAUUCGCCUCGUAGCUCUCCACUAUCUUGUAUAGAUAACAGAAUCAUCUCAAUUAAAAACAAUCUCGUAG